GCGCGCGCCACCCAGGCCAAGACCUGGCUCUAGGGGUCCAGGCUCUGCGAGCCCGGGGUCGCGGGGUUGGCUCUCGUGCUGGGAUUCAGUGGCAUCGGCCCCUAGGCCCGGCUGCAGAGCAGUGACUUCCUGGUGGUGAACAAGCACUGGGACCUACGCAUCGAUAGCAAGACCUGGCGUGAGACCCUGACCCUACAGAAGCAGCUUCGACAUCGCUUCCCAGAGCUGGCUGACCCUGACACCUGCUAUGGGUUCAGGUACACAGUACUCACUCAGAGUCUCCUGGCAGUGUCCUUCAGAGGGAAGCUGCUCAAUCACUGGACUUUACCUUCUGCCUUGAAGGCCAGAAUAGGAUAGGGUCCACCCACUGCUGCUCCUCCACCCCUCCCCAGGUUCUGCCACCAGCUGGAUUUCUCCACAAGUGGGGCGCUGUGUGUGGCCCUGAACAAGGCAGCUGCAGGCAACGCUUACAGAUGCUUCAAGGAGCGUCGUGUCACUAAAGCCUACCUAGCACUGGUCCGGGGUCAUAUCCAGGAAAGCCAGGUGACCAUCAGCUAUGCCAUUGGCAGGAACAGCACAGAGGGGCGGACUCACACUAUGUGCAUUGAGGGCACACAGGGUUGUGAAAACCCAAAGCCAAGUCUGACAGAGCUGCUGGUCCUGGAACAUGGGCUGUAUGCUGGAGACCCUGUGUCCAAGGUGCUGCUGAAACCACUCACAGGCCGGACUCACCAGUUACGUGUGCACUGCAGUGCCCUGGGCCACCCUGUUGUGGGGGACCUUACUUACGGUCAGGCCAAGGACCAGGAGGACCAGCCCUUCCGCAUGAUGCUGCAUGCCUUCUACCUACGCGUCCCCACCCAGGCUGAGUGUGUGGAGGCCUGUACACCUGACCCUUUCCUGCCCGCCCUGGAUGCUUGCUGGAGCCCCCACACCCUGGUGCAGCCACUUGACAAGCUUGUGGAGGCCCUGCGGACUGAUCCUGAUCCCACAGCAGAGGGGCAUAGGCCCUGCAGCCCCUCUACACCCUUACCUGGGCCAGGCCGGCCCCCUCCGGAGACUGCGGCACAGCGAGCUUCAUGCCUGCAGUGGCUGUCAGAGUGGACACUGGAGCCAGACAACUGAAAGCCUUUGAGCUUGGACAGUGAGGGCUGCUGGACUCAGCAGACAGGCAACUGUGAUUGCUAGAAGACAGGGCACUUAGGCUGUGGGACAGAUGCCUGGAAGACAGUGCUUGCUCCUGGUAUCCUCUAGAAGAAAUUGACACUCGUCCUUCUAAAACAGCUUUCUGCCUCCAGAGCUCCACCCCAGGCUUGCCCAAGGUGCCCCCCUGCUGAGAGGGGCAAAGCUAGGAGCUAGGCUCCUCCUGGGCCCCACAUAGGGGCUGGGAGAGGCUAUCCUGGCCUUGGCCCAGACCCACUCGGGUCCUGCAAUGUGAGCUCUUUGACCCACUCUGACCCUGUAACUCUCUAGCUGGCUGGACUCUGUCUCAUGCGGCCUCCAGCCUGCCUCUUGCUGCUUCCCACUGCCUCGUGCCUUUGCCUUUGAUGAACUCUUUAGGGACCUGCAUCUAGUGCACAUCCAUAGCAGUGCCCUCCUCACACACCCAUCCCUCCAGGCCGGGCACGGAUGCUGCUUCUGCUGUGUGGCUCCUGGCUGCAGCUCCUGCCAUGUUGCCACCUGUCUGGCUCCCACCCAGCCAUGAAAUGUCAAUGUCAGUCUUUGGGUUCUAACCUAGGAACCCACUGGGCCUCACCUGCUGACCCCAGACACAGCCACACCACCCUCGCUGUAGCUGUGGUUCAGAUUACAAAUAAAUGUUUAAUGACCA